GGCUGUGUCUCUGUGUGUGGCAGAGAGUGUCGCACAUUUAGGUAUGAUACAAGACUGAACAGGUGCACAGAACACAAAGAGAAGAUCACAACUGAAGUUUACCAAGUUUUGCAGUUCUUCAGUAGCCAUUUACACACCAAACGACAAUGGCUCUGACGUUCCACAAUCAGCUUAUCCUGUCUGUUUAUAUUGUGACCUUCGUGACGGGGUUACCCGCCAACAUCCUGGCCUUUUAUACCUUCUGCAUGAAAGUCCGCCGCAAACCAGCUCCCAUCGACAUCCUCCUUCUCAACCUGACCAUUUCGGAUCUCAUCUUUCUUCUCUUCCUACCUUUCCGGAUGGUCGAUGUCCUCUCAGAGAGUUGGGUGCUUCCCAACUUCCUGUGCCCUUUGAGCGGCUUUGUAUUCUACUCCACCAUCUACAUCAGCACCUUCUUUCUAAUGGGGGUCAGCGUGGAGCGAUACUUUGGGGUAGCCUACCCUAUCCAGUACAAGAUGAACCGCAAGCCCAUGUACGCUGUCUGGGUGAGCGUCUUCUUCUGGGUCAUAUCGACCGCUCACUGCACCAUCGUCUACAUCGUCCAGUACCAGGAACCAGGGAACGGCAGUUGUUAUGACAAAUUCACAGAAAAGCAACUUAAAAUACUUCUGCCAGUCCGCUUUGAAAUGUGCCUUGUCCUCUUCUGCUUACCCUUCCUCAUCACCUCCUUUUGUUACAUCAAUUUUAUCCGGAUCCUUACCACCCUGCCGAACAUCAGCCGUCGAAGGAAGCAGAGAGCCAUCGGGUUAGCUCUGGGGACGCUGCUGGUCUUCAUUCUCUGCUUCUGCCCUUAUAACAUCUCCCACGUGGUGGGGUUUGUGAAAUGGGAAAGCCCCACGUGGCGCAAGGAUGCUCUGCUUCUCAGCACCUUCAACGCCUGCUUGGAUCCCAUCGUCUUCUACUUUUCCUCGUCUGAAGUUCAGAAAAGCGUCACAAACUGUAUAUCAGGGGUCCUAGGAAAGAUACGAGCCAUCGGUUUGUGUAGAAGACUUUGUCCGGUGGUGUCCACAGUUGAGGAGCAGACGGAGAGCAGCUCUAACAAUCUGUGAUGGGCCACCCUGCCAUUUGAGUAUGUGUUCUUGACUUUUGCUGUACGAUGCAAGCCUGAUUUUUGGAGCAAGUUUUCUGUGUCUAUAGCUCUUGCAAUUUUUGGCUGUUGAUACAUUUUGAGACAAUGGGAUUUUAUUAUGCAUUCAUAAACGUCUAUUGCACAUCCUUCUUCAGUGGAAUUAUUGCCCUAUUCCAUACCCUAUUUCUUGACGGCUCAAGUUGCUCAACAGAAGGUACACGAAUUCUUGGGAGAUGCUUAAUAAAACUACUGAAUAACUCACUCAAGCUUUCUGUUUCAUCCAAAGCCACCUUGCUCAGAUUAGUGAUUAGUCAUUUUUGGUGCACAUUUUCUGUGGCCUUGUAAAUAAGCUAUGUACGCAGACUUUCAUGCCAAUUUGAACACUGAAAAUUCGACAUUAAAGAAGCUAUGUAUUUAACUGAUAUUGCCCUAAAUUGUCUUUUUGACAUACGUUCCACACUGUACAAAAAGAAACCGGAAUUUUACAGUAAGCUAAGACACUGCAAUAUUUCUAUCUGUACAAGAAACAGCACAGAAGACUUGUUAUGAUCCAAAAGGAUGCUUAUACAAUGGAUAUGGCAGAAAUGCCUUUGUUAAAGGUAAAUCUAUAAAGCUUAAUUGCCUUUCUUAGCUUAAAGCUAAGAGAUUCAACUUUAAUUUGGCUAAAAACAUGACCUGUAAUAUUUGCUUUGGAGAUGUUGUAAUGGAUUUACAGUGGUAUUUUGCAAUAUAUUCUACAACAUUGUAAGCUUUUAAGAUUGGAUGCUUUUAAAAUGUUUAACUUUUUGUAUCUGUUUUACCCUAGAAUUUGUAAAUAUUCCACCUACCCUUAUACUUGCUUUUUAAAAAGUACCAAAAAAUAUGUAUCAUAACUGUACAAUUAUUUAAUGAUGACACAGAAAAAGCUAUCGUUAUUACAAUUGUUGCUUGUAUUGUGGUUUGAGAAUACUUUAAAUGUAACCUGGGAGGUUAAUUGUGUAAUGUAGUAGAUUUGAAAUGCUUGCCUACACAGACGCUUUGGUAAAUAAAAAUGAGUUUUGCUAGA